AUGCCGAUAGCGCAACUCUCCAUUUUCGGAUGGCUCGUUCUUGGACCAGUCAACAGGGAAGCAACACGCACAUCAACGCACCAUGCUUCUACUCAAGUCAACGAGGAUGCUCUCAACGAGUUACUGACAAAAUUUUGGGUUCAAGAGGAGGUGCCUACUCACGAUGUCAACAAACUCACUCCUGACGAGCAGAGGUGCGAAGAGCACUUCAAGGCCACACACUCUCGUGAUUCUUCAGGGAGGUACGUCGUCAGGAUUCCGCUCAAAUCACCAGUAUAUCUUCUGGAUGAUUCGUACCACGUCGCCCAUCAGUGCCUCAAGGGACUACGCAGACGAUUCUCAAGGGAUGUGAACUAUCAACGUCUCUAUCAACAAUUUAUGAUGGAUUACGAGACGCUCAACCACAUGACGAAGGCAUCAUCCAUCUCCAGUCGUCGCUCACACUUCUACCUGCCACAUCACGGGGUUCUCAAGCCUGACAGUACAACAACCAAGCUGCGGGUCGUAUUUAAUGGCUCCAGCGCAUCCACAUCGGGCUACUCUGUCAACGACCUCAUGUAUACGGGAGCGAAAUUGCAUCUGAACAUCUCAGAUGUUCUCCUAUGGAUACGAAGACAUCGUCACAUUUUCGCUACGGACAUCACCAAGAUGUACAGGCAGAUCAAAAUUCACAAGGAUGACUGGGAGUUACAACGGAUACUCUGGAUGGACGAUCAACUCAAUGAAGUGCCAUAUCAUCUGACAACCGUCACCUACGGGACAAAGGCCGCGCCGUUCUUGGCCGUCAGGACGCUGUUACAACUAGCAGAGGACGAAGGACAUAAAUAUCCACUGGCUGUGCCAUCCAUCACUCAUGGCAAGUAUGUCGAUGACAUAUUUGGUGGUGCAGAUACGAUUCAACAAUUGCAGGAGGUCGCACAUCAACUAAAGGGCCUCUGCAUGGCGGGCGGCUUCCCACUAGCAAAAUGGCAUGCUACUCAUCUCGAUAUACUCAAGACUGUUACCGACAGCGAAGACCAAGGCUUACCAAUCACAUGCGACGAUUGCGCAACCAAGAUACUCGGACUUAAAUGGCUCCCUCAAGAAGACACCUUUGCAUUCUCAACGCGAAGCUCACGCAAAGAAGGCAGGCUCACAAAACGCCUCGUAUUAUCUGAAGUGGCUCAGAUAUUCGAUCCACUUGGCUUUGCAUCACCCGUCGUGAUCAAGGCCAAAAUUCUCUUGCAGGAGCUGUGGCUGCACAAGCUCCAAUGGGAUGAUCCACUGCCAUCCCAGCUCUCAACCCGGUGGCUCUCCAUCAGAGAAGAACUCACAAGUCUGGCCAGACUCUCAAUACCUCGGUGGCUCAAUACAUGGAGCGACUCGCAAGUGGAACUUCAUGGAUUCUCUGAUGCUUCUCAAUUGGCAAUGGCUGCAGUCAUAUACAUAUCCGUUCACGACUCAAACGGCGCCACGUUUUCACUUGUGUGCUCCAAGACUAAGGUAGCACCUCUCAAGCGGCUCUCAAUCCCGCGACUGGAACUCACGGCUGCUUUACUGCUCUCUCGACUCAUGCAAUACGUCAAAGCCACUUUGAACAUGGACGUUACGGCAACGCAUAUGUGGACGGACUCUUUCGUAACACUUUCGGGGAUCAGAUCUCAUGCAUCACGCUGA